GUUAUGCCCAUCAUGUGUGUAGAAGUUUGUGACUCUGUGAGGAUAUUGAUUGUCGAUUUAUUUUGCAACACGGACCAAUUUCGCACGAUUGUACAGUAGCUUUGUGGAAGUAUUAGUUGACAACUUCUAAAGCUCAAAUUAACACUAAUCUAUCAUGGCUUCCUCCAAGCAGAGGCAGCGGCAGCCCGUCGCUAGUACAAUUGCCGAGGCUUCCAAUAAAUGUGGCGACACUUCUUCGGGUUCGAGUUCCGCCGAGCAGGAUGUUUCAACAGCGACGACACCAGGCACCAGCAAUUCAAAAAAACGCCCGGCGUCAAAGAUUACGAGCAAGCGAAGUAAUUCCAAAGAAAGCGUUGAGGCUGGCGCGGCAACAUCCUCAGGGAAAGACAAAGACAAAAACAAGGAGAACAAUGCGAAACCAAAUAAGCGCCGCCCCCGCCAUGAGAUCAUCGCGGCUUGGAGCAGCAAUUUUGUCGUCGUCGCAAUCCUUGCGUAUGGCGCUUUUAUCGCACGGAACUUUUACCAGAUGUGCUACCUAUCCAAUGCAAAAAUGUCUAGGUCUGGAAGCAGGAAGCAGCUUGUAAUGCUACCUUUGGAAUCUACAUAAAAUCUGUAUUGCAUGAACAGCAAAAGAGUCCCAACUUUUGCUACGCGGAGAGGGCAUUUCUCAUGCAGUAUGAGCAUCAGAAAGCCAUCGCAGAAUCUCUGAUGCUAGGGCAUGCAUCACAGACCCUACGGGUCAUGCAAAAUCUGCAUGACAAACUCCAGCAUUCUCCGAGACCCAGACAUAUUUGCAUUUCAUACUACCCGAACUUCGAGAAGUUUCACCCAACAUCUGGCGAGGAGGUGCCGUUUUAUGCAACAAAGAGACUGUGUCUGUGUUAGCGUAGCUAGGUGUCUUGUUGGAGUGACAGCAUGACAAACUUGCUCCGCAUGACAAGGGAAGCUUGUCAUGCAUGGCUAGUAGAUACGUGAAAACACACACGAGAAAAGAGAACUUCGUGGGUGUCUGGCAUGACAAUUUUAAACUAUGUUGCAUUUUCUGCAUCACAGACUGACGCCACACUGUACACAGUUUUUUCCCUGCAUACGUUUGUGAAGAACUUUAUCAAAGUCGGAACGGAACUGGAGGCGGUGGUGGAGCUGAUAUCGGGGGAAGGAGCUGCGGGUGGAGGAAAGACAACAAGUAGUAGAGGUUCUUCAUCAACAUCAUCAGACAGUCAAAGCCGAAAAGAGGUUUGGCGGUUCGAUUUCAAGUAUGAUUGGGACGAUUUGAUCCCUGCGAGGGAUGGAACAUCAAGUGCUAGCAGCGCUGCUGCAACCGCAUCAGAAACCACAGCCGAGGUCGGCAAAAACACGGACAAGAAAUCUACCUCCACCAAGUCUGUCGACAAGAAAUCCCUCGAGAAAUUGAACAUUCCGAUCAGCAUUCCGGUGGAGGAGGUGUUUGCACCAGAAACCGAGCAACAGAUCCAAAACGGAAACAAAUUCUACCGGGUGAAGGAGAAGUUUUUAGAAAUUACGGUCCGGGAAAAGCUGAAAGACACGACCACUUCUUCGAAAACGCGAAAACCCGUGAAAAUCGCCACGGCGAGGGCGUCUUUGUUGAAAUACGUGAAAAAGGAACCCGAGGAGAUCAAUAACUGGACGAAACGGCGGUACAAUUUGUUGAUUCCCUACAACUUUCAACAACUGACGGAAACAAGAACAGAAGCCACAGAGGAACAGCAGCCUCAGAUUGUCGAACAACCUCAGAAAAAGUUCCACAUUCUCCUUGACGAGUACAACGAGUUUGAGGUAUGCCUUGCAAAUAUGACUGGGUCCGGAAGGGUGCAAGGUUUAUCAUGCUUGUUUGGCAUGACUAAAAAGUUUGUGAUGCGUGUCCAAGAAGAGAUCCUUCUGCUUGUCAUGAAAAAACGCAGUUUUUCCUGCGAAAAACGCAACACAAAGCGACGCAGAUAUUUCUCAUGCGUGGCUGUGCAUCUCAGAGCAUUCACUACUCCCAACGCAGCAUUACAAGUUUCUAGACCCAGACAUAUUUGCAGUUGAUAUGAGGAGAUUAACUACGACAAAAACUGGUUCGAGCAGCAGGAAAAGCUUUGCCCGGAGAAAAAAGAGGUGCUGCAGAAAAAGCAGAAAUUCGAUAAGGAGAACGAAGUUUUCAAAAACGAAUUUUCCGUGAUCCGAGGGUUGCCGAAGAUGCAAUUGAAACUCGUCUUUGACGUAUCCCGUGUAAAAACGUCCCCACCUCAUACCAUAGUCAAGUUGGUACAUCUGCAAUACAAAUCUCCAAGCUUAGGGAGUUUCGCAUGACAAGGUUCCAUCUGUAGUCUAGUGCUGUUUAGCAAGGGCAGCUGCAUGAGAGAGCCAGGUCCUCAUCCUUUUUACAGCAUCACAAAGUCCAAAACACGAUUGGAAACGCCUCUCAUGGAGAUGCGCAUUACAAAUGUUCCUGUCAUUGCGUGUUGGCAUGACAGCUCUGGGGUGGGGACGUUUUUUCUUGCGAUAUGACGAAGACGAGUAUCCCUGGUACUACUUUUUCGACCGGCCGCCGAAAUCGACGAAAGGCGUAUCCACUGCAAAUAUGUCUGGGUCUGGAAGGAUGGAACUUGUGAUGCAAAUUUCAGACAACACAAAGAUCUGUCAUGCAUGAACGGCAAACGCAGCCCAAAACGUGGCACCUAAAGGGGCAAUUUGUCUUGCAAAUUGGGCACUACGACAUCUUCUCAAGACGUGCGAUGCUAGGCCUCGCAUGCCAGACCUGCUAGGUCAUUCAAAAGCAGCAUCACAAACAUAUACACUCAUCCAGACCCAGACAUAUUUGCAUUUGAUACGGCGGAAAGCGGUAUUACCAGCCGAUGGCGGAGGUGGACAUGUUUUGGCUGACCGAUGACCAGUUGACGACUUUUAAUGGGGAAUAUGACAGUGCACAACUCGACCUCCCCCCCUCAUUUGUCGUGCAAAAUACUUAAUCUACCCUUUGCCUCUUGGCACUGCCUGCAUGACAAGUUCUGGUAGGCCAAAUUGCACUACACUCCAGUGCAAAUUUGUCAUGCAAAACCGGCAUUCUUGCUGAUGCUUGCAUUGCCGUUCAUGCUAUGCAAAUGAGGGGGAGGGGGAGUUGUGCACUGUUAUAGGGAAUCGUUAGAAGUGAUGAACGACGGGAAUGUGGAUGACGACGACAAACCAGAAAACCAGGGUAUUACAACGAAAAAUGCCCCCACCCCCAAAGUUGCAAAAAUUUGUGAUGCGAAGUUUCCAAAUGAAGUCUUUUUGUCAUGCAUGAAAGGAGUGCGAAUCUUUCUGAUGCAGGGUCUAGGCGUAUAUCGCAUCGCUUGCAUGACAAGCGCCGCUCUUGCUGGGGUCUCUUGCAAUGCAGACUUUUGCUCUUCACAGUUGGAAAUCUGUGAUGCAGAUAGAUGCAAGAUGGCGAAUGUUUCAUUUGGAAAGGUUUGCAAUACAAAUGCUCCCAAGCUCGGGGGUGGGGGCACUUUUCAUUGUAAUACAGGGCAUUUUACCAACCUGGCUGUCCAAGGCGCUUUCAUCGUUAUUCUCCUCCGGAGGUAGUACAACCACUACUGCCGCUCAAAGUCAAAGCAAAACCACAACCAGCCUGACAGCAGCACGAGAAGAUGUUGAACGAAAGCCGAAGAUAACUUUAUCCGAAGACAGCCAAACGGGGCAGAAAUCGCUCAACUUCACCACGUCGCUCCAUUUCUCGCUGAUGUCCGCCCCGCGGUGGCGGUUUCAGAAAACCAUGGAGGAGAGACUGCAAGCGACGUCGGCCAGCUUCGGGGAAAACAGCGAAGAGGCGUUGCAACUACGGGAUUUGUUCGCGAAUACCAGCCCGACCUUGCUGAUCGUAACGCUGGUCGUGUCGAUUCUACACACGAUUUUCGAGUUCCUAGCCUUCAAGGCCGACGUGCAAUUCUGGAGUAACCAAUCCGCCGAGACGUUGAACAAGUACGUUUCGGUAUCCUGAGGAAAAGCGUCCCCACCCCAGAGUUGUCAUGCAGAUUUGCAAUGACAAGGAAAUUUCUGAUGCGCAUACCCAUGUUAGACAUUUCCCCUUGUGUUUUGGAAUUUGUGAUGUUAUGCACAGGAUAAGCAGAUGGAUCUGUGAUGCGGCUGCACUUGCUAACCUGCACUACACUACGGAGUGCAACUUGUCAUGCGUGACUCCCGCCCUCGCUGGCAGGCUGUCGCCCCCCCACCUUGCCUUACGAGCAAGGGGGGUGAAGCAAACUAGGCAUGGAAAAUACGGGGCCACAGCCUGCAAGCCCCUCCCCCCCUCCCCCAGCAGUCAGGGUCCAGCUAAGUUGCAAAUCAGACGGCCCAGCAAGAAGCCGUGAAAGAGAACGCGACUAGUUUCAGUAGUACGAAGGACGUGUAGUGCCAUUGCAAGUUGUCAAGCAGUCCAUCCAAACCAUGAGACGCCGCCUUGUAUCAGUCCCUCUCCUUCUCCUUGGCCACAAUGGCGCAGCGACACGGAGCUCAAAGACGGUGAGUUCACCUCGGAGGACGGGCGAGAUGGCGGCGGUGCGGCGCGAAAUCGUAGAGCAGCUGGAGGAGAAGCUGCCGAUGAUAGAGGACCCGGCAGCGGCGGCAGCAGCAGCAGCGCGGGACGAUGACGACGCCACAAUGCCGCAACUAGUAGAACCGGCCCCGCCCGAGCUGGACCCAAGCCGAAUCGCGAUCGCCGACCAGAGCCGGGCGUUCGUGCUGGCGCCGGCCCUUAUCCCGGCGGGCUCGAGAACAAUCCUGAGAAAGGUACAUGAGGCGGCGCCGAAGCACAUCGCGGCGGCAAUUCGCGCGGCGAACGAGCACGAGCUGCUCCUGGAGCUCGGCCCGCACUGCCUCCGCAUCAUCCAGCGGCCGGCGCACGAAGGUGAGCUAGAAGCAGACCGCACCCGCGCAGCAGGAAAGGCAUUGGCGGCCGGGGUGGCGGUGCCCGGUGGGGCAAAGCGGUACAAGGAAGCAGUCCCGCUAGCCAUCUGGAGGGCAACAGGAAGCAAAGUAGGUCCUCUGGCCGGGACCUAUACAAACCACCCGGACUACCGGGACAUCCCCUGCAGUGCUGCCGUGGUCGACGCCCUGGCGCUUCGGCAGACAGACCACGCAAUUGGACUGGACCCGCGCAACCAUAGCAGGCUCGCAGCGGGUACCCUGAAAAACGCGGGCGGAUUUGCGGCGAACGAAUGGCCGUUGGGGGACCCGGGAGUGUGCAGUGAGGACCCCGACAUCCGCAAGUCCGAUAACCCCGACGACCUGGCAGUCGUCAAAGGAAAAGCGUUGCAGAAGCGGCUUGAGAGGGCGCCGCCCGACACACCGUUCUGGACCGGCGCCGACAAGCCGGCGCUCGGGGAGGGCGGAGAGGAGGCCAUGAUCUGUGCCCCGGUGCGAAAAGUCUCCCGCACCAGCAUAGCGGCAAACAGACCAACGCCGCACGGCCGGAGCUGCCCCGACUGCGUCGCAGAAGCACAAGAGAUGGCGAAGAACACGAUGGAGGGCAACACGCUCGUCCGCCCGUACCUGGCCAGUUUUCUAGCCCCAGAACGAGUGCCGCCGGCGGUCGGACCGUACACGAACUGGCUCGGCAGUGAAGCGCCGAACCAGGAGAACAUGCGCUACCCCGUAUACAUCCGGACGCCCGAGGUAACAGCGGGAGCAUCAGCAAAAACGAUAUACAAAUGCACCAAGUGCGACGCGGUAGGACAGAUGCCCAGCAUGUUGGCGCACGUGGUUGUAUGCCGAGUGGGGCGGCAUGAGCGGGUAGGCAGCAUGCUGCUCGGCAAACUGAGCGCCCUGGCGGCGGGGGAGCGGGAUGCGGCCACGCACCAAAUAACAACGUCAAAGAAACACCACCUGGCGGAACUGCGGCUCCAGUUGGACGAGCGCCCGCCCCCGCCCGACAUCGAGUGGUCCAAAGGACGGCGCAUGAAGAUCACACUGCUCAACUUGGAUGGCGGACUUCUGACCAACUGGCCGCGCCUCGUGCAUGAGAUCACAGAAGCCGCCCCGCUGGUGGUCGUCGUCAGCGAAGCAGAUCUUCCACAGGACCUCUCCAAAACUGUCAGCGACCUCAUAUACUUGACUCUCCGGGCGCGAUAUUUUAUCUGGAGGGGAACAAGGGCCAUGGCCCUGGUGGCGCACUCCCUCCGCCCGGCAGAGCAGGCAAGGUGCACACAGAUCCCGCUGGCCCCGAGUAUGGCAGCAAUCCUUGUGGCACACGGAGACCUAGCGGGCGAACUAGUGGCGGGAUAUAUCCCUCCAAUCACGGGGGCGACGGGCAGAGACGAAGUGAUGGCGCAGCAGCAGGCGGUGUUGAGGUACCUUUCGGACGCCCCCAAGGACGCAGUCGUGGGGAUCGCAGGCGACCUGAACAUCAGCUCGGGGUCAAUAAUGUUGGAACGCCCAAGGCCCAACCCGUUCCGUUCGGCCUUAGCAGCUGCGGCCGAGGCGCGGGGGAUGCAGUCAGCCCUCCUGCCCAGCGACGUUACCUACCCCGCAGCGGACUCCCAGCCAGAUGCGUUGUUUCUCCGGCCGCACAGCCGGGAAGCAGAACUGUGGACACAACUGAAGCUUCCAGAGUUCCUGCCGGAGAACUGCGCCACGCACAUGCGCAUUGGCUGCGAACUGGUGGCAGCCGAGGAAGACAGAGAGCGCAAAGGGGCCGAGCAAGUGCCAGAGGGCCUCACGCGGCGGCGGGUCUUCCAGUGGACGAGCAUGACGCAGGAGACGCUGAGUAGAGUCCUCGCGCGGGCGUGCGAGGCGGCAAAAUCGGCGAAGAGCUUCUCCGCCAAAACCUUGGCGCACAUACUGAAAACGGAGCGGGCGCCAGUCCGCAAAGCCAAAAUCCCGCCCACCCAUCUGUCGUUGCUUAAAGGCGACGGCACGCUCACAAUGUCGACUCAGGAGAGCAUGGAGGCCUUUCGCGUCCGCCUGUGCGAAGGGAAGCCCGCCGGCAUCCAGCGCACGCCGGAGGAAGAGAAAGCCGUGGCAGCACAGGCGCGAGAACUAAUAGAAGACGCGCCCUCGGUUCCCCUGGAGCCCUCUCUCGAUAUGGCAGUGCGAGCAAUGCGGCGGCUAAACGGAAACGCGGCGGCGGGAGUCGAUGGUGUACCAGUCGCCCUGCUGAAGGCGAGCACGACCCUCGCCUACUUGCUCGUCACCCUGAUCUGCAACGCAAUCAACGCCUUCGAGGAGCCGCCAUGGAGUAAAGAGUGCUUGUUUGUCUUCCUAUUCAAACACGCGAAAGCUGGGGCAACGAGAUUCGUGCCGCGCUUUUGGCGUCCAAUAGCCAUGAUCAGUGGCAUCACCAAGCUAGUCGAGUCGGUGGUGCUCGGCGCGAUAGAAUCCCUGGUGAACGAGUUCCGGGACAACUCGGCAUUCAUCAAAGGCCUCUCGCCAACGGUAGGACUCAUCCGCGCCUUGAUGAAGGCAAUGCAGUCGCGUCGGAAGUGCGUGGGAGUCGUGGUGGGCGACAUAGCAGGCGGCUACGAGAACGCCUUUGUGAUCCACGUGCUGACAGUAUUGAAGGAGCGGGGGGCGUCGCGCCAGAUUCUCCGCGUGGUCUAUCGGUGGAUGUGUGGGCGAACGGGACGAAUAGUACUAUGCGGGCUCGUCUCGCAUGCCUUCCCCCUCGGGGAAGGCCUGGGUCAGGGCACGCUCCUGUCCCCUGCCCUGUUUAGGAUCGUGGUCGAAUAUUGGUUGAACAUAGUGGGUCUCGUCAGCGACUUGUGCGACUGCAUCACUGGCUUCUGCGACGACAUCGGGAUCGUCGUAACGGCCGACACAGAAGCGGAGCUGAAGCAAAAGCUCACGGACAAAGCAGACCGCUUGCGGCGGAUCCCGUACCCGAUCGCUGAUUGGCGCAUAGCGGUUCUCAAAGCCCCGGCGCUGUCGAGUGGAACCAAGGAAGAGCAGGACGCCUUCUUCAGAAGGUUCACGGUGCGGCUCGCGAGUGGCCAGGUCCUCCGGCUCCCGGAAGUGGAGACGCAGUUGGACAGCGGGGCGGGGAAACCCCUACGGGUGGAGAGCGGCAAUGGGCGUAGAAUUAACAGAGCGGCCUAUAUCUCCGUACUGGGGGUGCCGCUAUCACCACAUCCGGAGGCAUGGCUAGCACACCUGGGGAACCUACAGCGCAGGGUCGCAGCAGAGGCAGCGGAAGCCGCUGCAGACGAGGGCAAAACAGUAGUAGAACUAAUCGACCAGUACCAUGCCAAGAUGUUCAACUGCCUGCAAUAUGCCAGCUCGGUGAAGAGCAUUCUCUGCCCGGGUGAGGCCCUGGCACGGCUCGACGCAGUAGCAGAAACCUGCCUCCGCAGAAUGUUGCGCGUUAGCUUCACCGCCCCGGUGUACUCGACCUUCUUUAGUACGGGCGCCGUGAUCCCGAGUACGGCGGCACUAGCGGAGCGCAACGUGCUGAACAUCCAGGCGAUCGCCCUGGAUAACGAUACCUUCGCACAAGAGGCAAAAGUGGAGGAGGUCUGCCCCCUGCGCCGGGAGGGGUGGACCAAGCUGCGCAUCUCCCACACCCUAAAACCCGCCGACCCGCUUCCCGACAACGUCGUCCUGCUGCCGGCUCCUGCAGUGUUCCAACGAUAUGGACUGAAAUUCAGUAAAGAAGAAACGCCCAAGGUGGCGACGCUGGUGAAGGAGGAAUUCGAAAAACUGGAAAAGCAGCUCGGCCCGGCCAUGAUGCUCAUCGCAACGGAUUCGGGCGACGUACCGCGUUCCGCACCAGGCGCAGCGGGCCCCGGCCCCCGCAAGCGUAUGGCGACAAUAGUGAUGAGACGGGGGGACGACCGAAAAGGGGAGUUUGCGCUUGCUGCCCUCUGGGGCGAAGCGGGUGCGUUCGUCGUCUCGGUCCUCCUCCUCAGUGACAGUGUCCGGGAACCCCACGCCCCGAUACACGAUGACCGCCUUCGGCUAGUGUUAUUCCAAGUGGACGCGUCGCCGGUGUUGGAUAACGUGCUAUCGAGUAGAACGGAGCAGACCUGGCAGGAGUGCCGCCGGGCACUGAUAAAUCUAGCGCGAACGCGUCCGGACUGCCUCUUCCUCUGCUUCUGGACGCCCGGCCACGCAGGGAUCAGUCCACACACGGAAGCCGACCUGCUACAAAAGCAGACACACCUACCAAGUGAACCGCUGGAAAGGUUCACGGACCUGCGCAUACCGCUCCGACAACUCCGCGCGUACGCAAGGGCGUGCCUCCGAGAGGAGAUCCUGGAAGUGGUGAAGAAGCGGGCGCGGGCAUCAACGACGGGCGCAUACCGGGGCUACAUAGCCGCGGAAGUCGGCGACGCGAGGAAAACGCUGCGGGGCCUCCCGGCGGCCAGCCAGCGUCUAGCCUGGAGCCUACUGUGCGGAGAUGGGAGAGACGCUGCCCGGGCAAGCGACUCGCGGGUAGGCAGCUCGUACAUCAAGUGCGGGCUUUGUGGCGAAAAGGUGUCAGCUGUGAUCGCGUUGUCGGUCAGCCAAGACCCCUCCCCGCCCGCGAUGGACGACGAAAGCUCUUCCGGGUCGAAUGGCAACGAUAGCGAGCUACUUAUCGACGAGGAGGAGAUGGGGGCGAUAGACACAGCGGCCGAAGAACUCGCAGGGGACGCAGACGCCCCAAAGAACACGGAGUUCGCAAACCUCGACCGCCAUGUUCUUUUGUCUCACUUCGCGCGGCACGUCCUCCUGUGUGAGUGCAAGAAGAUCCAAGAGGAGGUGCUGACGGUGUGCCCGGCGAUACCGACCUCACUAAACCUCCUCCGUAGGCCGGACAUCACAGUCCGCGCCUUCCUGACGAAGCUGGGCAUGGCCCCCCCGCCCGAAGGGGAAUGGCCGGUGAAACCGCGACAGAGGCCCGACAGAGACGACGUCCCGCCACCCGCAGAGGUGCAAGCAAACGUAAACAGAGGGGCGCAGACGUUUCACAACAUGAUCGAAAUGGCGGAAACGGCGCAGCCCCCGGCAAGCGCCACGCAGGAACCCAACCCACCGGUCGUUCCGCGGAACUUCGUUCCCGGGGCGGCGCACAGACUCUGCACCAGUGCGCCCGACCGAACCCAGCCCCAGGAGGGCGAUGUGCAGAGCCUUCUGGACACGCUGUUUUGGAUACCCCCGGACCGGCGAGCCCCAGGAACCACGACACGAGAGCGGCAGGGGCCGUACACGCGCCCCCAGCAGCUGGGGCACGCCCCCUCCCCCCCUGGACAACCAUCGAGCAGUCCUGGCGCAAUCCCCAAUACCACAUCAGGACGAAGCGCAAUCCCGGACCAGGGUGAUGAAGACCGGGAGGCCGACGCGGCAGAUGGCCUGGAAACGGGGCGGGCAGAAGUUUUAGCUGGCGGAGUAGUGCUUCGACUGGACCCGGUGACGGGCCUUCCCCUACCGCGAAGCGGGGGAAGCGGGGCGGCCGAGGAGGGCUUGCAGGACUCGCCAGACGCCAUCGCAGCUCAGGCUGCGGACCAAGACGACCUGACAAUGAUGGAGGAAGACGAAGACGCGCUCUAUACCUAACCUGCAUGCCUACCCAAAAUCUGCGUGCCUACCUAAAAACUUCCUAUACAGCUGCACCCAAAGGGGAGAAUGAUGCCACUUCUAGACCACGACCCGCCCACGGCCAAGGUUCGGGCCCGGGUCUUCGGCGACGCCGACUGGGAGUUCCUGACGAGCACGACGGAGAGCCCGCGAGGGAAGGAAGCGGAGUGCGGCGUAGAGAGGUUCAAGAAGAUGCGUCGUAGUCGUCUGGUUCUCCUCGUAGUUCUGGUUCGCGUCUGUUUUUGGUUUUUCGCUCCGGCCCCUUGUAUGACAAGAUGGACUGAUGAAAGAAAGGCGUGGUUGCCGCAUAGUUGCAGUCGGGGAAGACUGCGGGCCUGUGUCGUUGAAGGAGCCUAGUUUCUAGCAAGAAGAGAGAUGAAAGCGUAUUAAUCCCCUCAAAACAAAAAGAAGCGAAGAUCUGCCCAGCGUCCCGCUCGUCGUGUUGCAAUUUCUCGCUGCUGGGGAUCUGCUCCGCGGUCUCUGCGCGCGCUCCGGAAAAUGCUGUCCUUAUCCCGCCGAGCGGAGUCGGUAACUUCGGCGUUUUUCGCAAGGACAUUUGGGCAUAAUCGGGUAGACAGGUCGGCGGGUCUAGGACACUAACUCAAAAAGCCGCAUCACGACCGUCAAAACGACGCAGGAGUCCCUCCUGCGCCCUGAGGACCCCGACAUCCGAACCCGAGCCAGGAACCAGCCCGGCGCCACCAGUAACCCCAGCGACCUGAUUUCGCCCUACCAGCAUGCUGUCGCGGCUGGCGGCCGACGCCCGGUUUCACCUACGCCUCGAAGCUCCCGAUCCGUAGCCGGUCUGGAUGGGUUCACGCACUUCCGGUUGCCCCGAUACUGCUGCAGACCAGACAGCUACCGAUAGCUCCCACGCGACGAAUUCACGUGGCCACCGGGGAAAGUUUCCCGCUCGUCCUCAAUGCGCAGCUGCGGCGCCCUGUCCCCGUCUUUCUACACUCUCCUCGGCGCUUCAUCUAGAACUUGCUGUUGCCGAUUUUCUGAAAAGACUAUUCCAGAUAAGCCAUCCCCGGAAUGAAGGGGCCGCGCUCUGCCCCCACGAGCUUUCACUUGUGCGCGUUGGGGGUAGUUGUGCGUACAGCUCCUGCCUGGUCGGCUUUAUCUCCGGCUGGCACUCGAAAAACUAUCCUCCUAAAAGAUCCACUAAAUAAUAGAAAACUUCGUCCAUAAUGAGUAUGGAGAUGGUCUAGCCCGCAGCUCCUCCUAUCUGUUGCUGGUGACCUGGUCUGUUUUCUGACAUUAAGUGCUGCGUCGUCUAAUCUAUGGGUGCGAGUAGAUGUAUUAGUUCCCGGCGGGUGUCUCGCAGCAAUAAGGAAACUGGCAAGGAUAAGCAUCUGUCUGCGCUUGCAAUGCGCUGAUGGACUGUGCUCUGCCAAAUAGUGAAGUAAUUUGGACUACUCCAGUUCUGGUCCCGUUGCUGUAUAUUGUGCGCGGGUGCUGGGUGGAAAGGUCCAACAAAUAUGUUGGCGUGUGUGUGUGUGUGAGGAGGAAAGUUUGGAGUGCCAGGUCCGUUGGGCCCGGGGUGGCGGCGUCUUUGGGUUGAUCAAAUCACCCGAAACACAAUGCCAUCCCGUGUUGCACAGUCUGUUUAUGUCAUGCGUGACUCCCAAAACUCCUAGGUUUGUGCUGCAAAGUCCCCGUCUUGCCUCUGGUGUGGGGACGUUUUUGCUCAGGAUAUUCGGUGACGUCGGUGCUGUUGAACAUCGUUUUCGAAACGAUUCUGCUUCUCUACCUCUACGAUCAGGGAAGUAACUUCUUGGUGCUGCUCUUCUCGUUGGUUUCGAUUGUCAUUGAGUGCUGGAAAGUCACCCGGGCGAUGACGUUCGAUUGCUACUGGCUGUUCGGGAAAAUCCCCUUGCCGAAAAUGAUUUCGAACAGUGGGCGGAAGGUAUCCCACAGAAAAAAGCAGGCAGGGCACAUCUGUAAUGCAAAAACAAAUACACAGGAAAAUCUGUCAUGGGCAACCCCGUAGCGUGGUGUUUGAGAUACGCAGGACAGAUUUUUUUGUCUAUUUAUUUUUGCAUUACAAAUCUGACCUGCCUGCUUUUUUCUGCGGGAUAGAAGGAAGGAAGUCAGGACUGGGACUGGAUCGCGAUCAAGUAUUGCUUAUCAAAUGUAAAAAUGUCUGGGUUUGGAAACUUGUGAUGCUGGGUGGCGUCUCAUGAUGAGGCCACAAAUGCUGGCUCAGCAUGACAAGUUUCCGAGCUUCUAGGUGUUGCCUAUUGCUUGGCUCAUUUCUUGCUGCUAGUCCGUAGACUGAUGCAACCUUUCCGGGCACCAGGAUCGCACACGCGUGAUGAACUGGAGGAUGGAGUAGAGCUGCUUGAAGCAGUUUCUGAUUCUAUGUAGUCCAAAAAAUGUCGUAUUUGAAUUUCAAAAAAUCAUACUCCAGGUAUCUUUCCACCAUUUUCGGCCCCAUCGUCCUUUCCUACGCGAUAUCAACUGCAAAUAUGUCUGGGUCUGGGAGAUUGCGAUAUUUGCCAUGCUAGUCUGGUAUGACUCUGAAAUCUGUAUUGCGUGGCCGCGAAGAGCUCAUCUUACCUGUGAUGUAAAAAUGCAGUUUCUCAUGCGGAGUACGCAGCUCAGAACCACGGAAAAACUUGUCAUGCUUGGCAUCUGCGCAUGACAGAGUGCUCACUCUUCCCUUCCUUGCAUCACAAGUUUCCAGACCCAGACAUAUUUGCAAUGCAUACGCGACCUAUUCCCUGCUCUACGAGUGCCACAAAUCUUACUAUUCCUUCCUCCUCGAGACCGCGGCUUCCUGUGUCUACGCGGGUGGGUUCAUUUUGAUGACGCCCCAGCUUUUCAUCAACUACAAGUUGAAAUCCGUGGCGUUCCUUCCCUGGAAGCGGUUCAUUUACCGCGCGUUGAACACGUUUGUGGAUGACUUAUUCUCCUUUAUCAUCCGGAUGCCCACGAUGCACCGGAUGGGGUGCUUCCGCGACGACGUGGUGUUUUUCGUCUAUCUCUACCAGCGGUGGAUCUACCCCGUGGAUAAAAACAGACUGUUUGACGAUGAGGAUGAUGUGGGGGGAACUACAGGGGACGACGUUGUUGUUGAUCGUGGGGAACUACCCGUGGCAGCUCUUGAUGCAACAACAGCAAGAACUCUGCUUAAGGACAGUAAACUACAAGCAGGGUCUGGUGCUGAACAGUCCUCAUCAAAUCUGCACAAGCGAAAUGUUUAUAAGGGAGUUACGACAGGUGACAAAGAGGAGGAGGUCGAGCUGAGCAGUGCGGUAGCGGCAAGAAAGUCUGCCACUGAACAGUCCGAGGACGCGAAGAGGAAGUAGGAUGGGAGGUGGCCUCCAGCUCUUGACGUAGCACCGCCACAACUUUUUUACUACCCGCCUGGAACUUACCGCAUGAAAGUUGUGUUGUCUCUUCCCCAUAUUGUUUUUUAAAAGCGACACCAUGGAAUAUCUCACACUUCAUCUACAUUUUGCAAUGACGAAUGUAGUGUCGCAUUGCCCGAUACUCAUAAUCGCGCAAUGAAUAGAGAACGCAGGCGGGUCAGACUUUUGACUCGUCUCUUGUUUUUGUUUAUUCGAGGACUUCCAAGAAAAAUGAACGAGCUGUAUCCAACAUCGGGCGCAGCGCGAGCAUGAAAAUGAAGUAAAAGAGGAGCAUCCUAC